AUGGAGUCGUCGACCGUCGCCGAGCAGCGCGCAACCGCUGUCGCGAAGCUCAAACGUGCGGCGUCACUACCUCGCAUGAAAGACGGGCGCCGCCCACCGAUGCACGUCGAGGCAGUUAGUGAGGGAGAGAGGAUGGAAGAUGAUGGGCGGGCUGAUGAGGAGAUUGCGGACGAGUCGGAUGUAAGGCGGGAGUCGCAGGAGGAAGGGUCGGACCAGGGACCUGGGACGGAAGCACCGGCGGAGGAGGCGAAGGUCGAGGACACACCGCCACCGCAGCCACCAGAGACCCCAGUGCAGUCGGAGAGCACACCGACUCGCACGAAGCGGAGGUCGCGGUCACGGACGCGUUCGAGGGGCUCCAGGGACAUGAAGAACAAGACCUCGAAACAUUCGCCACACAUCAGCUCUGCCAGCCAUACAAACGAGUCUUCCGCGGACGAGUUCUAUCCCUCUGCACCAGGAGAGGAUGCGCCUCCAUCGCCCGUCCUUGUCUCGCCUAUACCGUCUCAGGCGUUCAUGUUGCCAGCUUCGCGGUUGCUCGCUUCGCCGCUUUUCAUGCCAGGGACACAACCUCCAACACCGCUGCCCACGCUCAACGACUUGCAGACCGUCGCUCGGAUGGGUUUGUACAGAUCAAACAGUGCGGGCGCAGCUAGAGCCAUGGCGAUGUCCAAGUUGACUGGCGAACCUGUGGACCUUGCGUUCAUCUCGCCUUCUGCGACACCCCCACCCGGCGGCGCACGGCUUCAGCGUAACAACACAGUCUCUGGAGGUGAGAGGUUAGCCGCGCGAAGACUCAUGCUGAACAGGCUGGGCAACCGAAUCAAUGCAACGGACGGAGAUCAGACGAGUGGUGGCGAAGAGGCACCCGCACCGGUCCUACCACCGAAGCGCAGGAGGCGGCGAUCCAAACGCGCUUCCUCGCGUGCUUCGACGGUGGUGGACGAUCGAGAAGAGCGCGAGCCUCCUUCCACUACGCCUAACACCCCGCUCGUACCACAGUCGCCGCUACUCGCGUUGAACUUCAAUGUCCCGGAGCCUCCGCGUCCGCCGACGGCGAAUGGAGAUGCUGGCCGCGCCUCUCCGCUAAAGAAGCUGAACGGUAGCCUCACUUACGACUGGGAGAAACCCACCGGUCAUCGGGGCGUGGUUGUCGAGGACGAGGACGAUGCACCCGAGCAAUUACCGCUCCCCAAGCCGCCUGUGACACCUGCGCGCGGAUUCGCGCAGUCUUCCGGAGUUCGCUUGCCACAUUCGUCCGAUGCGCCAUCAAGCACUUCGACGGACUCAGCACCCGCAGGCGCCAUCGGAGUGCCAGUAUUCCUGUCCAGAAAUGCUGGACUUGGGCGUGAGGUAUUCCCAGCGAGCCCAUUCGCUACUCCUUUCAAGGAGAAGCCGUUCCCGGAUGAUGACGAGCAGGUGCCUUAUCAGGAAACAAGGAGUAGGUCGAGACUUGCUUUCGAGCGCGAAAGUGAGAUCAGUUGGGUAGCUGAGCCAUUGCCUGUUGAGCGUCCACCUGUGGAGGAGGACGAAGACGAUGAGGACAUGGACGAUGAAGACGAAGAGGAGGACGUGCAGGAUCCCGAUCCCGAAGUUGAGGAAGGCGAGGAGGCCAGUGUUGACAUCGAACAGCCUGCGCAACUCUCGUUUGAUCGGCCUCAGCUCACAGCACGAACUGACCUAGUUGUUGACCUCGAGACGUCUCCCGAACCCACAUCCUCGCACAUUGUACCUUCCCCCAUCUCCCCAAUAGCCCCCCUCUCAUCCCCGACACCUGACCUUCAAUUGAACACGCAAAUCUCCCCUGUUACUUAUCCUCGGGCGCUUGCUGUGGGGACGCCCAGCCAACUUGACCGCGUUCCUAGCGCCGAGCUCUCCGACUGGGAGGACCGGGCGAGGCUGACUGACUCUACGAUCAAACGCCCUGCGGAUCCCACCAGUGCCUGGGAGCGCGUGAAGAACACUUUUGGUAUCAGCCGAAGUGCCUCUGCCAGCGGCCGACGCUCCCGCACCAACAGCAUCAACGCUCGGGACCGUCGCAACAACACGGAUUCCAGUGUUAGUCGUGAUAGUCGCGUCAGUCUUUCGAAGGAGAAGGGUGAACACGCUCACCCUGAUACACAGCCGCCGUCCGCUUCCACGUCCAUGCUCUCUCUCCCCGCCGGUGCUCAGAUGGGCCUGCAUUCUCCAGUACCACCUGCGACCCCUGUGGAGAGGUUGAUGUACGAGACAAACUCCAAGUUACACCCCUUCCCUGGCCUGAAGCCUUCGUUCCCUAACAUGAAGGCCGACGGGAAGGGAGGGAAGCCGAUGACGCCGUCCGCCUCAAGUCCGGAUGUUGCUUCGCCCAAUGGCCUGGGAGAGGCACCCAGCUCGAGUUCAUCGAACACCGCGACAUGGCAGUUUGAGAACGGCAGGGAACGCAAGCUCUCCCAUCAAGCGUCCGACAGUCGUCUCCUGCCAAAGUUCAACGGCGCCACCUCGCCGCCUCCUGUGUCGGCUGUUAACUCGAACACUUCGCAAGGUGAUUACUUCAGUGUGCAUCUUGUUCCUGCUCCUGUAAACGCAAGCACUACAGGUUCGAUGAAGCUGCCGAUGAAUCGGGAAGGCGUGAAGAAGUGGCUAAGCGCGAAGAAACUUUUCUCCUCCCAGACGUCCCCUGUCACGUCAACUAGCGGUUCCAGCUCGCCUCCGUCGGAAACUCGACCACGGAUGGGACAGAAGAAGGGGUCAUUCUCCGACUUGUUGCCCAACAGAAAGGAGAUAGACAACGAUUGGGAAGAACCUAGCCGGGGCAAGUCACCGACGCCGUUGAGUCCUCCAAGUACCUCCACCUUGGGCAAGCCGCGAGAUGGGAGACUGCCCCCACGAGGGCCAACUCCUGUGUUCCCCAGCCAUGAUUCUAGCCCGGAGACAGUCUUGUCCCCACGGCCAGACGUGGAUUACGGCAGAUCAAAUGGCGUGGCAUCGCCGUCCGACUUCUCCGCCUCGUACCCAUCCCCGCCUGAUCCACCAUCCUCGACAACUCCAGACCCACAAUCCUCCCUUGACGACUUCCCCAUCCGCUCGACUUCCGAGUCAUACUCUGACUCAUCGUUGUCUCAUCGCUCUACAGACCAGCUGCGCACGGAGCCUUCACAAAGCGCAUUCAUCCUCGAGCGUCUCGAGGAAGUGCUUGGACGAGGCACGAAGGCUUCCAUGUACCCCGACGACCCUCCAAGAAAACUCGUCAUGUCUUCACCUCUCCUCCAGGUGGCAAACGCCAACACUGUCAAAGACAGAUUCCUGUUCCUCUUCAACGACAUCUUGGUCAUCGCGAAGCCUAUCGUGCAGGAUCAUGAUGCGUUGUUGGACACGACCAAACCCAGUCCGCUGGACAGGAAAUUCAUCGUGAAGAGUGUCUGCCAGCUGCGCGAUCUCCGUUUGUGCAGUGACCGAGACGAACCGCGCUCGAAGCUGUCCAGCAACACCAAUCAGAUGCGCCAUCCGGUGAUAGGGAACUUUGUGAUGCAGUUCUCAAAGGAUCCUGACCAUGCCAUCUCUGCGUUGUUUGCCAAAACGAACUGCAGAGACGAUCCGACCGCUCUUGGACAGUUACUCUUCCGUACUGUGGAUCUGGAUAGAGUGAGACUGGGGGAGUAUCUGUCUCGUCGGACAUCUAAGGUCGUCCUUAAGGCCUUUGUCGAUACAUUUGGCUGGACGGCUCUGAGGAUCGACAAGGCUCUCAGAGUCUUCCUCCAGGCAGUCAACGUCCCGAACAAGCCAGGUUCGCUGGAGUACCUUCUAGACUCUUUCGCUAGUCGGUGGUACGAAGCCAAUGCAGGAGUCGUCGCGUAUGAUAAGGACCUCGCCAUCCGGCUUGUGCGUGCUAUCGUGCAGCUCAACGAGGUCAUGCACGGGGCUAUCGCGCAGGAGUCUGGAAUCACAGGUUACCCGAGGCGCAACGUCACGUCGCACGACUUCGUCGAGGCCUUCAGAAAGUUCGACCGCAGGGGCCUGGUCAGUGACGACCUCCUGAACAAGGUCUAUACCUCGGUUCGGAAGGAGAGACUGACGCAGGCACGCAGCCUAUCUGCGUCUACGUCCCAUCCUGAUGUCCCUGUCACCCUCAAGCGCCACCUUCCUUCUCGCCUCACCUACCGCAUGCAAUCAGAGCCCGUCAUCCUGCGCAUACCGCAGCCCGACCCACAACUCACGAUUCAAUUAUUCGGUCAGGAUCUGGUCUUUGAUCCGCCUGUGCUCAAUUUCUCCAAGUCCUCGGAGGCGUCCUUCCGCGUCACUGGUACGUCGCUGGGCACGAAGUCGAUCAUCAUGUGGCGCUCUGGACCGAACGGGAUCCUGUACUCUGGCCUGCCACUCAGUAACACGGUGGUCGUCGAGCGGGCUUUCAUGCGUAACACCUUUCAACUGGCAUUCGUCGACCACCGCGGCGCAAAGCGGAAGUACAUGUUCAGCCUUGACGAUCCUCUCAUGCGUCACCAGUGGGCAGUCUCGAUCAGACGUCAAAUCGACAUCGUGGCGUCCACGGUGUCACCUGCGGAGGCGUCAGGGUCGUCAUCGAAGACGUACAAAGCCAACGAGAGACUCGCCUUCAGGGUCCUCCAGGAGACAUUGAUCAGCAACUCUGACGAAGAGGACGCAGUUCCACUGUCUCCAGUUGACCAGGCGCUAGCGCGGCUAAACGGUGGACCUUCGCAGAGGCAUGCCCCUAACGGCAGCAUGUCAAGCGGACGUGGUGCCCUGAACGGCCAACAUAGUAAUGGAUGGCCUGGGGCAGAGCGCAGAAGCAACGGCGCAAGCCUUCACGUCCGCUCGAAAUCCCGAAGCAAGGUAUACCAUCGUCAUGGCCCUGGCAAGUUCGAGUUGGAGCUGAACGAUAGCUCUGAUGCUCGCACGGACGACGAGCAAGUCCAGCCUGACGGCUCAGCACAUUCACAGCGACAGCGUCUAUGGAGCGGGCGAGAUCUCGAUAUCGUCUGUCGGCAGAACAGCCUGAUCACUCCGAUGUUGGCAUACUUGCAAGCCGGCCGGAGAGAUACUGACAUGUCGGCUAGUGCUCUGUCAUAG